UCAUUACGUUCUGUUGGUGUUUGGUUCUGCCAAGAUGGCGGCGGAAACCUGAAUGGAUGAAGCGGAUGCUUACAGCCCGCUCAAGACAGAGGCUUUUCCCCAUAACUGCUCUUGUUUUUACUUAUUUUCCCAUACAGUAAUGUCAUAUUAAUUUGUUUAAUCCAAUCCUUAAAUUUGCUUGCUAAUUUCAAAAUAAACGAAGAAUUAGGAUGAUAAUAUGACACAAGGUAAAAAGAAGAAACGGGCGAAUCGCAGUCUUAUGCUCGCGAAAAAAAUUAUAAUUAAGGAUGGAGGAACGCCACAAGGUUUCGGAUCUCCCAGCGUUUACCAUGCUGUUAUUGUCAUCUUUUUGGAGUUCUUUGCCUGGGGUCUACUCACAACACCGACAUUGGUGGUCUUACACGAGACGUUCCCCAAGCACACGUUUCUGAUGAACGGCCUGAUCCAGGGGGUGAAGGGUCUGCUGUCCUUCCUGAGCGCCCCUCUGAUCGGCGCCCUGUCGGACGUGUGGGGCCGCAAGUCCUUCCUCCUGCUCACGGUCUUCUUCACCUGCGCUCCCAUUCCGCUCCUGAAGAUCAGCCCCUGGUGGUACUUUGCGGUUAUCUCGGUGUCUGGAGUGUUUGCUGUGACGUUUUCGGUCAUUUUUGCCUACGUGGCUGACAUCACUCAGGAGCAUGAGCGCAGCAUGGCCUACGGACUGGUGUCGGCCACCUUCGCCGCCAGCCUGGUGACGAGCCCGGCCAUCGGGGCCUACCUGGGCCGGGUGUACGGGGACAGCCUGGUGGUGGUGCUGGCCUCCGCCAUCGCCAUGCUGGACAUCUGCUUCAUCCUGGUGGCCGUGCCCGAGUCGCUGCCGGAGAAGAUCCGCCCCGCCUCCUGGGGAGCGCCCAUCUCCUGGGAGCAGGCCGACCCCUUCGCCUCCCUGAGGAAGGUGGGCCAGGACUCCACCGUGCUGCUCAUCUGUAUAACCGUGUUCCUGUCCUACCUCCCCGAGGCCGGCCAGUACUCCAGUUUCUUCCUGUAUCUGCGGCAGAUCAUGGGAUUUUCUCCAGAAAGCGUGGCAGCUUUUAUAGCUGUUCUAGGGUUACUUUCUAUCAUUGCACAGACUGUAGUAUUGAGUUUACUCAUGCGUUCCAUUGGGAACAAGAACACUAUCUUACUCGGUCUCGGGUUCCAGAUCCUGCAGCUGGCUUGGUAUGGGUUUGGUUCAGAGCCUUGGAUGGUGUGGGCAGCGGGGGCAGUGGCAGCCAUGUCCAGCAUCACCUUCCCAGCCAUCAGCGCCCUGGUGUCCCGCACUGCAGACCCCGACCAGCAAGGGGUGGGGCAGGGCAUGAUCACGGGCAUCCGCGGGCUGUGUAACGGCCUGGGCCCGGCGCUCUACGGCUUCAUCUUCUACAUCUUUCACGUGGAGCUGGACGAGGUGCCGGACACCAGCACCGAGUCGCAGCGCCCCCCUCUGCUGGCCCAGCAGAGCGCCAUAAUCCCGGGCCCGCCCUUCCUGUUCGGAGCGUGCUCGGUGCUGCUCGCCCUGCUGGUGGCGCUCUUCAUCCCCGAGCACACCAACCUGGCCCCGCGCGCGGGCGGGUGGAAGAAGCACAGCUCGCCCCACGGGCACCCCCACAGCCCCCAGCCCCCCGGGGAGGCCAAGGAGCCCCUGCUGCAGGACACCAACGUGUGACCGUCUGUGGAGCAGGGUUCCCCCUCUGACACCGCACGUUCAGACACGUCUAUUUAUGGACACGUCCGGUACUGGUAACAACUGAAAGCCGACAAAGAUGAUUUGUGUACCACUUUUUUGUUUGUUUAUAUAUAAAGGAGUAUAUAUUGAAAGAAAGGUCUGUCCAAAGGCACUAUUGCAAUGGUAUUGUAUUUUUUCAUUUCCUGAUUGUGUUUUUAAUAUUGGCUCCACCCCCCCACCCCACCCCCUUUCGUCCUGUUUUUCAAUUGUUUUCGGAUGACAUUUACAUGGGCGCGGCUCACUCAGGGACACUAACCUGGUAGGACAGGGUUGUUUCUGAACACAGUGUGUUCACCAAUCGAGAGAAUGAGUUUCUGCGACAGCAACAGAGGAGUCGGAGGAGAGUAGUCUGUCCCUCGGAAGACGUUAGCCUUUAGCUGCAGGGCUAGGGGCCGUGGAGCGCGCAGAGGACCGAGGCGCGGAAUCACGUCCAGUGAGAAGCCUUAAUUGACGACGCGACUGCAGAACGCAACACGUGACGCCAGUGGGACGGACUCGGUGCAGCUGUAUUUUUACGCACCUUCCUGUCGAUUCUCAUAUCAGAGUUGCCUGUGCAUUUCCCCCUACCAUUUCAGCGAACUUUGUCAUCGCAGCUAUUCUCAUUGGGUCCCCCCCCCCCCCCUAGUUUGGCAAUAGUUGGGAAGGCAAGGGUUGCAAAGAGGGGAGGGGUGCUUUGUGAUUGGACCACCUGGAGAUCGUUUAGCUGCCUGAAGCAAACUGCAAUAGACAGGCUUAAAUUGCUAAGUGUUUUUCUCAUUUCAAAAGUGUCAAAGUGUACAUGGCCAAGUUGUAUCCCUUUGAACCUGAUGUAUUUACUGCAGAUUGUUUAGGAGCCUAACCUUUUAACAGUGUAUUGCCUUUUAAACCACAUUGCAUCCACAUUAAAGACCUCAGAAACAAUCUGACAAGUAGCAUAGCUUUGGAAGAGUGGAAGAUGUUUUUUUUUUUUUUUAUCAGUGGCCUUCCUCAAGAACUUUCACUAAAACGUCAUGUAAGAAACAUGCUAAUUACCAAAUACCUAAAACAAAUUGCGUAUUGGAUUUUGAGUUGUGAAUUUAUCUGAAAAUGUAAAGUAUUGUUUUGUUUUAUUUAAAAAUGCAUUUUCUGUAAUAUAUUGUGAUAGCAUAAGAUACUGUACGCAGAUAUUUUUUUUCAUUCAUGUACUGUGGAUUGUUUUGCUGCCUUUUAAAUUUCAAAACUAAAAUUCUUUGACUGAAGCUCUGUUGUAAAUAUAAUUCAAAAAGCGUAUUUCAAUAAAAUGAAAUAUUUUAUUGUAUGGAACAUGGAAA